AUGUUACGCAAACUUUGUCCCGAGCGGCCUCGGUACUUCAAUCGACCCUUAGACGACAAACAUGGCGACAGCGACCAGGUAUGUUUCUCCGCAAAGACGUACGUCCCUUAACGUAGACCUUUAUCACGCGGUUACCAUUUUGCAUAAAAACAAAACAAUUCGUUCGUUUGGCCUGCUGGCUUGAAAACCAUAAGAACGAAUUUAGAAGUGAUAAGAUAAAGUUUUUCGUUUUAUUCUCCGUGAACUUAAUAUGUCCUAUAACUGAAAUUGUCACAGUGUGUAGGUUAGAUACAGUACAGGUGUAACGGAAGUUUGUGAUAGAUUAUCAACGUUUCAAAACAAGUCACUUUAUAAUUUUAAGCAAUUAAGUCCUCGCGCCUAAUAUUAUUGCAAAAAUGAUUUGUUAUCAAACUGACAAUUUUUUUAGUGUUAAAGUUUUAAUUAAUUCUUUAAACACGUAUACCAGAAACUUAUCGCCAAUUUACCUUCCAAUAUGUUUUGGUGGAUUUAAGACAACACCGUUUAAGAUAUUGUGCCGGUCCGUGAUUUGUUAAAUUACUUGACAUGUUUCACGCAGAAUGUCGAUGCACACCAGUGGUGCGAGGCCAAUUUGAGAGCUUUUAUCUCAGUCAUCAAUGCAAAUUGAUCAUCAGUCUCACCGAAGUUGACACGUAUUCCACUAACGCGAAAACGUGAAAUGUCAAGUUGUAUUUAAAUAAGUAAGUAAACACUAACACAAACUAAAAAUUGUUUUAUAAAGCAAUCUUAAACUCCCUAAAAGUCCAGGUUGGCAUAUCCAAUAAAAAUUUCCAUGAACUGAUUAUGGUAGGAAAUUACAGUUUACAAGUAUGAAUUACGUAACCAUGGUCUCAGGCACUAAGUGGUACCAUGAUAAUUGUUGUAUUAAACAUUCUCAAAAACAAGGCUUUUUUAACUAAUUAAAAAUUUAUGAAGAGUAACAAAGGAAAUAAAUAAAAUUUGGCUUCCAAAGACAAGGCUAAAAACACGGAGAAGACAGAUCAAGACAGGAACACUUCCGGACGCCAGUCUUCUUCAAUUAUGACCAUCCCUGCCUUCCAUUGUAUUUUCUGCGUUGUUUAUAUAUUCUUCUAAUGUUUCGAGCGGUUAUUUUCAUGUUUCACUCGAUCUGGCGGCAGUUGCCGAUGUUUGAAUUUUGAUAAAUUAACAGGUAAUUUCCACGAAACAAAGUCUCAGACAAAAAUAGUUGGGACACUUCCAUCCAACACUGUUUUUUCGCUUCUGGCCUGUCUCCUCGUUCUCCCUAUGUUGUUUAUCGCAGUUAACUCAAAUCUUGCACACCAACAAUGGGAGGGCAAGAAGACAUCAAAGUGUCCCUACAAUGUUUGACCAAGGGUGCAGCUUUCUACUUUUCUACACGUCACCAACGUUUGCCCAGACUUUGCGCGGACAAGGAAGCAAGAGAAAGGCCUGGGGACUAAGGCUGUCUGCAAACAUAUGAAUUAUGAAACACUGAAUAAAGUGCAACAUAAAGGCCGAGCUUCGAUGCUUUACAUGUAACGAAUUACAAUACACACUGUGAUAUUAUGCACACUGUUUCCAAAUGUUACGAGUAAUACCUACAUCAACAAAUAAGCAACUUGCAAAUUGGAUGAAGACGCUCUUGUUUGCUCCACAAUUUAUUUUGCAUAACAUGCCAAAUUAUCUCGUUUACAUUUAAAUUAUUCUAAACAUCUUUCUUGUGUAAGUUCACGGAGCUGCAGUUUGCGAUAAUGUCCACUAAAAAAAAAACUACAAAGUUGCAGUAUAGUGUACUAAAUAUCACCUAAUGGUUUUCAUCCCUUAUGUAGUUUUUUUUUUCUUUUUUGCUUAUACUUAUCAGUAUGCGGUUAACCAAAGACAUUUCUUCUUUAAAAACACACACCAGAUAUACACACAGAAAAACAAGACUUUUAUGAAGAGCAUAACAAUACAAUAUUUAAAAAACAUUAUAUAUUUUUGUGGUCGAAAAGUGUUACAGACAAAACCGCGUUUUCAUAGCAACGCGAUCAACUUUGUCACCCUCGGUCUAAAAGCUUUCUACAAAGCCACAAUUCGGUCAAAUUGAUAUUUUGUGAUAAUCUUCACCGCUCUUUGCUUCUUUUUGAAUGCUUCGAACAAUACUUGUGAGAAAAAUGUCUAUUUUUGAUGCCCCUAUUCCUUUCAAAACGCGGGACACCAUCUUCGAGCGAUUACUAAUUAACCUUAAAAAUCCGCAUUUGGAAGGCGUUUCUAGAAAACAUGCGAUUGGCCUGUUUCGCUGAAUAUUAAUUAUUCAGUUUUUCACACGGAAACCCCAUCUCGAGCUUUUGUUUUUGUUCAAGUUAUAAAAACGACUGGACACCUGGUAAAGUGAUAUGAAAUAAUCCUUGAUCUUAGUGGAUAAAAGAUUGUUGUAUGUCGAGCCGUCGUUUAACACGAAGCAAUAUGCAUUUGGCUUUUUUUUACUUUUUCUCUGAAGGCGGUGGUUUCGAUUCAUAGCUGAACUACGCAUGGAGGCAUUUAAUAAUACAUUUGCUUACUUCGUAGAAAAACUAAACUUCUCUGAGGUGAGUUGGGAAAGGAUAAAACACGAGCUGUUUCACUUUUCUUUGAAUAUAAAUUAUUACUGAUGACCGUAAAGGACAGGGAAGGCGAUAGUUUCCAUUUUAAAUUGUCACUGACAAAGAUUGAUUCGAGAAGGCUUUUAGGCAUUUUAUACCGCCAAAAAUUUUUUAAAAAAUUCGUGAUCGCAUUGUUAAUUUGCAAUCUGAGAAUCAGUCAGCUUCAUGUUGAAAUUCAUCGGGGACUAAUCUUCGAGAAAAUAUAUCGCAUCAGUCGUCUGAAUCGGUUGUAGUUCAUAUUUGAAAUUAGAAAUUGAUUAUUAACAAAUUAAAAUUGAUUUGCUGAUAAAAAUGAAGUUAAGCGUUUAGGUUUGUUGGUGUUCAGUAUGCUGAUAAAAGCAAAUAUAACUUGAGCCACUUAUAAUUUAACCAGGAAUCAUCACGGAAAGCAACAUGGCAUGAAUUUCCGAGAUUUUAACAAAACAGAAACUUCGUUAAGAAACAUUCUUUUAAUAGCCAUCUAAUGGCAGGGUUUAAUACGUCAGUAUGGCAAACGAUCCUUCUGAUUUCGUAAGUUUUCAUAUUUAAUACUCCUGGUCAGACUGAUAAUUACGUCCAUUUAUUGAUAAUAAUAAACUUUGUGUAAAUCGAUUUUUUUUUCUCUCUUCACACAAUUCUAAACUGACCUAUGUUGUCAAAACUGUGGCAGUUUUGGUGUUUAAACUGUCAUAUCAUGGUCUAACUCAGGGCUAUAUAUUAUCAAGGCUAAAGUUAUUAUUGAUAAUUUUAAGUAAGGUUGCUAAAUAAGAAUGGGUAUCAUGAGGAUAAAUCGAACUCAAUGUGCUUUUCGGAAGCGAAGAUCUUGUUUGAUUGACAGCAAACUUAGGGACUGUUUAUAUGAACUGAGCCAGCCCGGUUAGCCGAGUUGGUCCGCUUUGUACUGGUCUGACUUGGCUCAAGCCUUGUUUGCUUAAAAAUUGUUGUUGUGUUUAUAUGAGAAGGAGGGCUGGCCCGCGUGGCGAGAUAUCUUGUGGCUACAGGCUGCUUGUAAGUAUACUCAGCUUUUGAGCGAGUCGAGUACAAAUGACCGGCUGCACGCACUGGAGUUUUAUUAACAUCUUCAUAGAAGACAAGCCUAUUUCGCAUUUGAUAUAGCUGCACUGAGUAUCUUCCAUUUCUAUCUUUAUAUAUCGCAUAAGAAUUUACCCGUGGAAGUGUAAAAAAAUAUUUUACAAUUAAAAAGUUAUAAUAAUUUUAAUCAUCGUAAAACAUGUAGUCAAUUAAAGGAACCGGCCUUUACCAGAGGCACAAAAUCUUAGCGGAAGUCCUGAGCUUUUUGAAAACUAACAGGGGCCAAUAUAGAUCACAGAGCAUAUAUCCAAAAUCUCUUCCUGAUUACCAUGAAAUUAAGGAAGAUAUAAAUCUGUCUUGAUUUUUCGAAAAACGAUGUGGCUUUCUUCUAGCCUAUGAAUUUAUUAAUGCGAUAUUUGUCAUUACAUUGUAACUUCACUACAAUAAAUCCACUCAUCUCAACUUUCCCUAUUGAAAACAAUUUGGCAGAACACCUGCUUAAAAUCUUGGCUUGUCGAAAAUAAUGAUUCCUAAUUAAUUCCACGAAAACCCUGCAGCAAUUGAGCAUGACUGACUUCCAUAUUAUCGUCCGGUUUACCUUGACAUUUGGCGACAGUUUUGAAUAUCAAGACUUUCCGGCCGAUUAUGUGGGAACAAAGCUUUAAGGACCAUGUCAAAAAUAAGAGGAUUUCUUGUCGUUAAUGUUAGCUUUCAUGUUAAAUAACCACAUGAAAUUUAGUCAUCUUUGCUUGAAAAACAUAUGUUUUUCAUUCUAUGAGUAAAUUCACUUUGGUUAUUUAAUGCACGGCACGUUAAAUACACUCUUUACUUUAAAAUUGCCAUAUCUGAUGUUUAAAUUUUGUCUUUCAGUUCUUUUUUUUAUUUUAUUUUUUCACGUACUUAGUUUUUUGUUUCUCCAGGACUUUAAUUUAAUCUAAUGAACCAUAAAUUUUUGCUAGUCUCUAAAUGGAUAUUUGCUAGCCUUGCUGCCAAUUUAUAAGAGGAGUGUAUAUCAAAUCAGGCACAGGUAACCUAAGCUCGACACUUUUCGGUAGCCUCUCAAAUGUAAGCAUUCAGGGAAAAAAAACGAUCCAUUCUAAGGCCUCCCAAAUUCUUUCCUACGUUUAGCCUUUAGAAGCAAUCAAUUUCCCCUAAACAAAUCCUUACGUUUCGAAGGUAACCCAACAGUGUCGACGCUCAUUUUUCGAGCUUGGGCUACCUGUGUAAGCUGCAAGAAGACUGUUCACAGUCCUCUAUAUUUCCGUGAGACCGCCGAGAUCGAGAGUUAACGAGCGGCCAUCUUUGUUUCAAUUGUACCGAGGGGAUGGGUGUCGGGGAGUUACAGCGGUAGGUGGAGAGAGGCGAGAAAAAUGGCCUCUUCCCAAACCGUCCCGCGCCCCCUAAGUACAUUUGACCCAUCCCAGGCAAGACUCGAUACAUGUGAAACCAAGAUGGCCGUCCGUAACGCAAGAUCUCAGUCGUUCUUGACUUCUUACCGAAAAAUAGAGGACUGUGAACAGUAUAACGUGCAAGCUUCCACGGUUUUUUUCCUGCUGUUUAUUUUCCAGUUACUCAGUCUCCUGUUUAGUGAUGGCUACGACCAAGCCUUUAGCUCUUUUUCUGGAAAAUAACUGCCAUAGUAUUUUAUUUCCCGAACAGUGGCAGGCAAUCGAGCCUAUGCGCUGCAAAGAUAAGUGUCAAACAAUUAAAUUAAUCAUCAGUCUUCCAUACGUUGCACUAAAAAGGCGAGUCAAACCAGGCUUAUUUGUUUGAGAGUUAGUCGAGUUUAUGUAAAUUUUCUUGUCGGUGCACAAUGCACAGAAUCGGGAGCCCAUACCCCGUAGAGAGCAACUGCCAUACUAGGCCUAUGUCACAUCGUUUUCACGGACCGGUUUCAGUAUUUUUAGAUACAUUUUGGAGCACUUUGCCCCGCGAAAAUGGAAGCUCCCACCCAGACUCCCUGGCGUCUUAUGGGACGCGGUCGACGAAAAACUGAAAAUUAACUUUGUUCUUUCAUUAUAUUUUUCAGACGUUUAUCGUGAUUACAAGCCGUUUUGGAACACCCCAUGUCCACCGCCUGAACAAAGCAAAGUCUCUGUAUAUAUUUGGUCAAAACCACCCUGUUAGGAAAUUUUCUUUGCAUAUAACAACAAAUCAGUAUCCUUUCAUUUUACUUUUCCUCUGAAUCGGAAACUCAAACAACAUAACUUUUUCGCAAAAAAAGAGAUGCAUUUUAAUUUUUUUAAAAAAAAGAUAUUACAAUAAUGGAGGUGCGGGGUUUCGAACCCCGGACCUCUCGCAUGCAAAGCGAGCGCUCUACCAUUGAGCUACACCCCCUGGUCUCUUCAAAUGGGCGUGAAAUAUACAGACGGCUUUACGAGAUUCAGGUACUAAAUACUUUAAAUAGAGCGUUUUCACGCACGUGGCCAGCAUCUUUGCAAAUAUACUGGAACAAAAGAAAACGUUUACUUACGAAGAGAAUUCAAUUCCAGCCCCAUAUCCACGUACAUGGCUGUCAUUUCAAAUAUUGUUUUGGAACACCAGUAUGGCCUACGUGACGUCAUAUGAAAGCUCUCCAAACAAAGAUUUCUUUGUCUCAUUUUAUUGACAGUUUUUUGCCUCCUUUUAGAGUAUUUGCUUUUUUAAAAUAUUUUACCUCCUGUGUGAUUCUUUUGUUCCUUCUCUCUCAUUUCAUUUACUACCAAAGUUAUUUUCCUUAACACUGAUCCACAGAUAUUUUGAGAUUUUUGUACUUUUAACAAUUUUAGUAAACUGCGUUUUUCUAGCUCUGACGAAUCCGCCGGAGGAACCCGAGUAAGUAUUACUAAAGAUUCCUGUAUUGAUUUUUUGCAGCGCAUUCAAGACUACCUUAAAGAGGAAGGAAAACACCCCACAGACAAAUAUUUACGGGGGUACGGGGGUGGGAGCGCCCCGAGAUAGCUUGCUCACAGGCUAAUUAGGCUGCGUCUUGCACAUCAACUGAUGAAAGUUAAGCCCUGUGCAAACGGACGCAACAUUGUUAGCCAACAACUCCCAACAUUGUUGGAUAUUACAUAUUGCAUCCGUUUGCACACCAUGUUGGUCUCCAAAGUCUUAUGGAUUUCGUAUCCUUCCCGCGAUGCACUGCAGGUCCCAACAUUGUAGGAAAGUUGUUAAAUCCGUUUGCACACCACUGCCAACACGGACGCAACAACUUCCAUCAUUGUUGGGGCAACAAAGUUGGGGGUUAUUGCGCCCGUUCGCAUGUCUUUAAGAUUCUUGUUAAAGAACCGGAGAGAAGGGACCUCACAGUUAAGCCUUCUUUAAAAUCAUGGACUGGAUUUUAUACGAUUUUUAAUCGUAAAUUUUUUUUCCGUUCUUUUCAACAGAUAUGUAUUUGCAGCAAUUUAUACUUUAGAAAUGAUUCUUAAAAUAAUUUCUAAAGGCUUUGCUCUCCACAAAUAUGCUUAUUUGAGAGAUCCUUGGAACUGGCUGGAUUUCGUCGUUGUGAUAUUAGGGUAAGCUACCAUGUGUUUGGUUUAAGUUCUUAUCCCAUUCUUUACCAUAGUCUGGAUCCAAUAGGCCAUUCACGAGUUUCGAAAUGAGGUUAACUGGAAAGCCUUUCUUGUGAUAAUAAGUUUCAUGCAUUUGUAUGAGAACACCCCUGAUACUGUAUGCGCAAACUCAGACACUAAUUGCGAAAAAAAACGAGGGAUCUUGCUGGUAGAGUUUUCUGAGUUUUGGUGUAAGCGCACACCGGUUUUGUUUCAGUUAGCCAAAUCAAGGCGAGAAAUCAUUAAGGUUACAAAUCAUAAGCUAAACUUUACUACUUUAAAGAAAUUUUUAAGCAUGUGACACAACUUCUUUCCUUGUCAAAGGUAUAUAACCUUAGCUCCUGGAGUGUUAGCCAAUCUUUCUGGAAUCAGGACAUUUCGUGUGUUUAGAGCUCUCCGUACAAUAUCAGCCGUUAAGGGUAAGUCCUUGAAUAUUUACAAAAAAUAGUGAGGCUUUUUUGUUAAAAAAAAUGAGGACGAGACGGGAAAUAAAUUCCCUUAGUAGAAGGCGCAAGCUUGUAAGGGGAUCUGGGGGUAUGCUCUCCUGGGGAUUUUUUUUUUUAUUUAAAGCCCCCUUAAUUCCUGGGUCAGUCUGAGUCAUUCAGACAGGUUAAUGUCCAGUUACCUUCGCAGUCCUCGGAUAAAGCCUUGCAAAUUGGCGAAUUAUUUCAUUAUUGAUUUCAACUUCAAAACUUUUUUAAAAAUAAAAAAAAUCAUAUUUAUUAUUAAAAUCUGACCGAAUUCUGUAAAACAAUGGAAACCGGUGUGGAUCCGCGCCUCCGUAGCUUUAGUAUAAUUAUCUCAAAAUUGGAGGUGCGGGGUUUCGAACCCCGGACCUUCCGCAUGCAAAGCGGACGCUCUACCACUGAGCUACACCCCCCGCCUCGCAUCUAAAUGCUGGAAAUUUGCGUAUAGAUCCUAAAAUCUUAAAUUUUCGCACACGUUGGGGAUUUUCGUACAAUUGUUGCUACGAUUUUGGGCCCGAGUUCAGUUAGUCGUUGGUCGGUUUUUAGAAGUCAUAACAACAAGAGAGUGUAGUGCAGAUUGGAGAGACAAGAUUCACACAAAGCUAUCUUCUUACAGAGUUUCAAAAGCGUGUAAUUAUGACGUUUCUUCAAUUAUGCCAAGAACACUCGAAUUUACUAAAAAUACUGCUGUUUGAAUGCUCUUCCCGGUGAAAGGCUUUGGAAAUCUUUCAAUUCAAUCUAUUUUAGUCUUUUGUACUCAGUCCCUUGCUCGUUACUAAUGACAAAUGGUAGCAAUAUAUACUUACAAAUUUGUUCUUUCAAUAAGGUCAAUAAUUUGAUUCCAGAUUAUUUUUCUUUUAUUUCAUUAGGUCUGAGGAUGAUGGUGAACACCCUUCUCGCUUCCAUGAAGAUGUUAUGGGAUGUGCUCAUUCUCACAAUGUUUUUUAUUUGUAUUUUUGCUCUUGUCGGGAUGCAAGUUUUUGUUGGUGUGCUGAGAAAUAAAUGCGCUGAACCUGUACCGGACAACCUUCAAACAUCAUACAUAGAUUACGUGUCUAAUUCUAGUGAGUGGCUUAUGAGUAGACUACGUUUCCUUUUCAUAGUUCCUUCAACUUUAGUAAAUUUUUAAGUGUUACAGAAUACGUACAAUGAAUUAUUGCAGACAACAACAGUCCAAACUCCCCACAUAUGCAUCACAGUCGGAUGAGCAUGAACGGUGCCCGAAUCAUUCAUCGUUUCAAACACUGAACUAUAGUAAAACCUAUUCACGGUAAUACCUUCUUACAUAGCACUCGACAGCUGUUAACAUAAAUUUUAAUUUAGGGGGGGAGGGGGAAGGGCUACACUGGAGUCACGAGCCACCCUCCUAAGAUCUCCCGUUGUCCUUGUAUGAUUACAAGUUACUUCCCUUGGCUUACAUGUAAAUAUUCUCUUCUUACUUUAGGUGUUUGGAUACUCGACUAUGAGCGUAAUCCGGUGGUAUGUGGAAAUAACUCCGGGGCAGUGUAAGUUGAUAUAUUAACAAUAUGUAGUAAAAUGUAAUGAUUUAGUGGUAUCGAAUCCACAACGCGGUUCCGGGUCCAACUUGAAUUUGCAAAUGCUGGUUUUUGAGAGGAGGAGGGAAAAAAAGAGUUCCCGGAGAAAAAACUCUCGCAGCAGGAGCGGAAGGCAAGGCUUUAGAAACUUAACCACAGCGAAGCGAUGGCAUCGCUUCCGGCAGUUGAACCCGGUGCGGGCGACAUUGCUGGAAGGUGAACGAUCUUACGGCAACUGUGCUAUCCCUUGCUCCCUUAAAUAAACUAGUGGCAAUCAAAUUUUCGAGUGUUCUAUCAGUUACUUAGAUGUGCAGUCUCUAUUCUAGUCUCGAGUUUCUCACAUUAAGCGAUCAACAGAUUCGAGUAACAAUCUUUAAAUUUGUAUUUCGCUCUGUAUAUAUUUGUAUCGAGCACUCCUACUCCUUAAAGAAAGCAAGGUACACAUUACCUCUUUGUUUAUUCUAUUAAAUCUAUACAAUCCUGCAUAUAAAAUUUUAUUGCAGGCAUUGUGAUGCAAAUCAUAGCUGCCUUCCCGACGCAGGGCCCAACCCAAAUUUCGGAUACACGAGUUUUGAUCAUUUCGGCUGGGCCAUCAUGACGUCAUUCCAGCUAGUCACUUUGGACUUUUGGGAGAAUGUGUAUAAUAAUGUGAGUCACAUGUAUGAUUUUAUUUUCUCCGUUUCUGAAAACCACACAGAUCCUUGUGAAGCUAUGUGAUUAUGUACCGAUACGUUCAGUCGUUACUGGGUUAAGUGUGGACGUAGCUUUCAUGAGUUAUUCGCUUAUUUACUCUUAAAAAACCUGCCUCUGUUUUAGUAAGAGAAGAAAAUGCUCAUUAAGAAGUAAAGUAUAAAUAAAAGUGCCGUGUUUUAGUUUCUAAACGUUUCGGGCCUAGCCCUUCAUCAGUGGAAUUACAAGUAUACUCUAGAACUGUCGCAACCGUUGAACCCUGUAGUGCGCGCGUGGCUCUAAGCGCAGCCUGCUGUAGAGGAAACGGAAGUCGGAGUUUAACCCGCGCGGAUGACUGGUGACAAGUUGAAAAAUCAGGCGCAUCUCCAAGUGCUUCUGUUGCGCGUUUUCCCAGGAGAGCAUUACGUGAACAAGAUUACAGGAUUGAAACAUAAUUUUGGUCAGGAUGAGGGAGUGGAAAGCCAUAUUGUAGCUCCUCCUCUACGCGAAGACUGCUAUUAAGUACCAGAACAGUUUCCAUUUUAAAGAGAACUGACUAGACGUGCCUUGUACUUUUUUUUUUUUUUCAGAUCAUCUACGCCAUGGGUCCUUGGGCGGUACUGUAUUUUGUGUGUAUUGUUCUUUUCGGAAGGUUUUAUCUCAUCAACCUCGUUCUCGCUGUUGUAACAGCAUCUUAUGAAAAUGAAGUACAAACUAGCAGAAUGGUAAGUAAAAAAUCUUAUAACACAACCUUCAUAAAAACAAAGAAUUGUUCCUAUGGAGAAAAAUCUUUUUAUUAUAUUUAAUUACCUUCUCAGACAAUUACUGACAAUAUCCAAGUCCCUACAUCGAUUUAUCAUCUGAAACAAAUCAGAGCCCCGAAAACUUAGGCUGCCACUGUGAUGAAGUAGUACUUCUGCAAUCUUCGACAAUUUUAAUAGAAUGAGCGGAAACGUCCCCACACCGUCUGACAUUCAGACCUCCUUUGCAGAAUCUGAUUAAAGUCGCUCGUAAAUGUCUUAAGGGUUUUUUACAAUUUUCUUAACUUUAUGCCUGUUUUGUUCACCAGGAAAAUGAAAAUCUUCGUUUAAAACAAAAGAUGGAAGGCUCCACCUUUUCCCUGGGAAGCCGCAGUGUGUUAAGCAUUGUUUACGGACGCGAGCAAGACGUGGUUCUUGACGAAGCGAUGCACAAAGCCAUGUUUGAUCAAGCGACGGUCGAAAAUGAUCAAAACUCCUUGACCAUGCCACCGACUGAACCAAUCGCGGUAUUCCAAAUAAAACAGGGCCAACAAGAAGAUUCGGUUACCAUAAAGACAACGACUAACAACAAUUCUGGAGGAGAGGGCGAGAAAACUGCCAAUAAAAAAUGCUGUUCGUGCUGCGGGGCUGGCAUUUUAUUAAAGUGCGACUGCUGGCAACCAUUUAGGAAAAGUGUAAAGCGAGUCGUGUCAAGUAAAUUGUUUGAGGCCGGCAUAAUUUUUAUUAUUCUCAUUAACACUCUUUUUAUGUCGAUUCAACAUCAUGGAAUGGACGAAGAUUUGGAGAGAGCAAUAGAUAUCGUCAACUCGGUAAGUAUACUAGCGUCAGUAACUAUCCGGCGCAUGUCCCUUUGAAGAAAAUAACGACAAACUCACGGUCGCGUGCAUGGAGCACAGUUUGACAUUGCUCUUGGAAAUCAUGCAUUGCGCGCGCAGCCUGCAGAGUAGUCAGUUUGAUUUCCAAAAAUUUACUGUAGACUCUCUCUUUACGGACACAUCGGUAAAACGGACACCCAGAGCUAGUCCCUGCCUUUCGUUACUCCCUUUUUUUGACUCUCUUAGACGUCUCCGUCUAGAGAGAGUCGACUGUAGUGUUAACUCGGUCGUGAUUCGUUCUAAUCUGAGCUCUUCUUUCCAAAGGUUUGCACAUUCAUUUUUCUCCUGGAGAUGAUUCUCAAACUAAUUGCCCUAAAGCCGCGCGGCUACAUCAAGAGUCGCUGGAACAUCUUCGAUGGUGUUGUUGCCGUGAUCAGUCUCAUCGAUACCGUGUUGACACUGUCCAACCUGAUUGACAGCACGGGCACUAGUGUGUUCAGGUCGUUUAGACUGGUAAGUGGUGCAUAAUUCUAAACACAAACUUUCGUUUGUUUUUGAGGCUACACAGCACAAAGUCACAGAAGCCAUUGGUGUAGAGUUUCUGCAGUUUUUUGCAUUUAGCCGUGAAAAAGGAGAAAUGUUUACCAGAGAUGAUGAGCAAAUAGGCCCGUGGGGAAGGGUCUGUGUGACAAACGCAAAAGAGGAGAAAGUUCACAGUUAGCUAUACGAGUAUAAGUUAAUUGUUAGAUUAUAUGCUUGCCUAAAAUUCAAUCAAGAACUCGGGCUGUUUACUUCGACUAAAAUUGGACGGCCGACAGUUUUUCUCAGUUUUCGACGCCUAGCUUGGGCUAAGGCAGUUAAACUAGCUUCCACGAGUUUUUAGCUCAAGGGGAGAGCACCUGAACAAGUAAGCACAACUGGUCGUAGGUUCGACUGUUGUCGGGAGAACUAGAAUUAUACUUUUUUGACUUGUCUGAGUGUCACUGGCUGAAAAAAGUAUGAUUCUCGUAUAUUCACUAAGCUUGAAAUUCAUCAUACUUUUAUAUAAUGGAAAAUCAAUUAUUUUGGUCUAACGAUAGGAAGUAGGAAGCUUGAGAACUACACACUUUUUCCCUCCCCAACAAAUUCCCGAGGUUGCGCCUCACUGUUUUCCUUCUCUCUUCAAUCAAUUUUAAUUGAGGACUUUUACUUUCUUAUUGUUUUUCAAAGGUUCGAAUUCUGAAACUCGCUAAAAACUGGAGCACCAUGUCCAGUCUGUUGGCCACUAUAGGACACAGCCUUGGGGCACUGGCCAACCUGUCCGUCAUAUUAGCCAUCAUAGUCUAUAUCUUCGCAGUGGUAGGGAUGCAGUUAUUUGGCUCCCAGUACACAGCGGCGAAAUUUGGCGGCGAGUUUCCUCGUUGGAAUUUCACGGAUUUCUGGCAUUCGUUUCUAUUGAUCUUCAGGAUAAUUUGUGGAGAGUGGGUAGAACCCCUGUGGGACUGCAUGAGGGCUGCAGGACCUGCGUCCAUUAUUCUGUUCAUUCCCGCCUUCGUAUUGGGGCACUUCAUUGUAAGUUACAUAACAUGAAAGACGUAAUUUAUUUUGCUCCAUCGUCCUCUCUUGGCUGACUCAUAGUGUUAUGAAUAGAAGUGUCUGAAAUUCGAAAAUAAGAGUCGGUUCGGGGCAACCUCUCCUCCACCCCCCCCCCCCCCCCCCCCCCCCCCACCACAAAAAAAACCACCAAAACACCCGGCCCUCCCCCUUUUUUCCGCUUUUUGGGGCGAGAAAAGGGCCCGCACGGGGGAGAUAGUUAGGGGAGCAUUCGUUAAUUUAUUUUUUUUUUUUUCUUUUUUUUUAUUUUAUUAGAUCUUUGGUAGUAGACUGCAGACGAGCGCAAACACUUCAUUGUAAGUUACAUAACAUGAAAGACGUAAUUUAUUUUGCUCCAUCGUCCUCUCUUGGCUGACUCAUAGUGUUAUGAAUAGAAGUGUCUGAAAUUCGAAAAUAAGGGUCGGUUCGGGGCAACCUCUCCUCCACCCCCCCCCCCUCCCCCACCUAAAACGGAUAAGGAAAAGCGCCAGGAACCAGGUUGUCUUUCCCUUUGUUUCAGCAUAUGGGGGCGACAAAGAGGCCCCUACGGUGGAGAUAGUUUGAGAAACCUUUCAUAAUUUAUUUUUCGCUUUUUCCGUCGUAAUAAUUGCUCAAAUCGUGGCGCAAGGAGCGCAGGCUACUGAAAACAAUCUGGAACUGUUAGAUUUUAUUAAGUCAACUUUCGCCACUUACACACUAAAAUUGUAGUAACUGUAAGCAUCCCUCGUGUUGGUCCCUGCCUUUCUUUACUCUCUUUAUUUGACUCCAUAUAAGACGGUCCUAAAGGUAUCCGUCUUAAAGAGAGUUGACUGUACAUUAUUAGGGAUUUUAAGACCCAACGACGCGACGGCAACGAGAACGAGAACGUCGCUUAAAAAGAGAAUGUGCGUUCCCUCAGUCUUAAGAGCAAUUAUUCCUACCCACUUACUUUGUCAAAUGUAGGCGAACCCCCUUGAAGCUGAAUUUUCAAGGGACCAUAGUCAAGCUCAGAAAGAGAAAUAAAAUUUCCUCGUUGCUUUUUUAAGUCCUCCCUAAAAGCAAAAUUAGGCAUUUUCACGUCGUAGUCGUGAAAAACAGGAAAGAAAUGUACAAAAAAGCGUUAUGCACGUGCGAAGUUGUUGUUUUGCUUAUAAACCAUUUGUUUUUUUACCUUCUUGUUGCCGUUCGCGUCGUUGGAUCUUAAAGUCGUUAUUAACUCCGCUAAAACACGUUUCAGAGCUCAUGAGACGUUAGAACUGCAUGCCACCGUAUUUAAUUUCCGUCUUUUUUUUUAGAUUCUGAAUCUCUUCUUGGCAUUGCUGUUAAGUUCAUUUGCCGGACAAGCCUCGCUCUCUUCCUCUCGGGCAAAUAAAAGGUCUCGCGUCUUGUCGCGUCUUAAAAGGGUCGUGAUUGCAUCCAGGUUCAUCAAGAGAAUACGGACUAAAGUCUGGCCUAAAAAGAAUGAAAUUAACACUGAGGAUGACAAAGAAGGUAGUUGUGAUGAUUCAAUACAACAGGCAUAUUUAAUAUAUCUUCUAUUCAUGAUUAAUUUCAAAACUACCUGCUUAGAUGAGGUCGUAUUAUAUAUACGUCCUCAAACUUUUUUGUUGGGUGGCCCAAGGAAAGUGUUUUUCUUAAUUUGGGUGUAUGACCAAAACAAAUCGACAUUGCCUUCAUUCUCGACUUCAGAGCUCUUCUGUAAAUCGCAUCGGGUCAUGCGCUGCCAUAGGACCCGAGGCUCUGAUGACGAGAUAUGAUUGCACCAUAAUUAACACCUUUCGCAUCAUACACUUUUAAUGACAACCACUGACAUUACUGUAGCGCAAACAGAUUCAAAGACGGAGGAAUAAAAACGCACGGAUGUUUGUACUCGAACGGAAACGUUUGCUACACAGGCUACAAUCCAGUCAAAUAAUAAAAAAAAAACACCUGUGCCUUCUACCGUAAAAAUCCUCUAGGUUUUUGUGCCUAAAGUUAUAUUCAUUGUGCUCAGGUAUCUGGUUUUCAAAACAGAUUUACCAAGGAUAAAAUUGAACUACAACAUAUAUUUUGUCAAGCGAGGAUCAAAUACAUACUGACGCCCUACAUGGAGUUAAACUUAUAGCCAAAAAUUGGCUGAAAUUUAAACCGUUAGCUCAGAAAUUUAGGUUUUUUUGACCUGAUAGCUGAGUUCUGAGAAAACGCCAAAAAUCUAACACACCAUUUCUAGAACCUUCAUUUUAAGUCGAUAAUUUCAUUGUACAUUUCAGGCAGCAGUAGUAACGGUCAUGUGAUAAUAAAUGAACCAGCGUCAGUGAGGUCGACGGACGAGGCGAACCAACGUGACAAUAACACAAGGGUUUGUUGCUGUUCCCUGAACGCCCGGGAAUAUGAAGUUGACAACUGUUUCCCUUCUCAUUGCGGCUGCUGCGCGCGGUUUGACGACACACGCUGUCACGUGAUAUGGCUGUGCAUACGUCACAAGGUGAAAUGCCUUGUGGAACACAGAUGGUUUGAAUGGUUUAUCGUGUUCCUCAUCGCUGCAAGUAGUAUUGCUUUAGUAAGUAUAAUUUUAGACGGGAUAUUUAUUAACUCGCAUGUCUAGUCCUCUACUAUGCGUUACUUGGGUCGUCACUCGAGAUAGAGGAACACUGAAUGAUCGACGACUCAGUUAACGGGAGAUUUGCUCAUGGCGUCGAUUGCCGUAUCGUUGCUAUGAUGUUCUACAAACGCCUCUAGGGUCUCAGGUGACGUUUUUGGUUAAAUUUAAGGCAAUUGUGAAGUGUGAAGAGUACAUGGCAAAAGUAAUGACCUUAUUUCCAUUUCAUUGAUUCAGUCCGUUUUGCUGUUUUUUUUCUAUUAUAUAUAUUUGUGCACAUACUUUUCAGGGAUCAAUGUUGUUAUGAAUUACAAUUAUUGAAUUAGCUGUAGAACUUAAUAACCUUCAUUCCAUUUCCAUACAACCCGGUCAUAACAUUUACUUAAUCAUAGUAAGGUGAUGGCAAUAACGGGGCUGACAAACGCCUUCUCCCUUAUUUUCCACUAUUCUUCUUAGAUCAUACGAAGGGGCUCCCCUUAGACCUUUGAACGCAGAUCCUAAGAGGAGGUACUCAAUUACUUUUGAAAUAACUUUCAUGUAUUUUCGUUUAUCUUGCCAACAGGCGUUCGAGGACGUCUACCUGGACAGCAGGCCCACUCUUAAGGAGGUUUUAAGGGUAUUAAACAUCUUUUUCGCUGUUGUCUUCGUGCUUGAGUUUCUACUCAAACUCAUCGGUCUUGGCUUCACGUCAUACUUCUCGAGCGCAUGGAACUGGCUUGAUGUUGCAAUCAUUGCAGUAAGUGACGUCACUUCAUGGCCAAGACGUUUCUAUUUGAGAGAAUUCACUUUUGAUUAUACCAUGGUCCCGCCCACUUCUUUGUGAGUAAGGGCUACAUCUAAAAUGAACGUCUUAACUCGGAUUUCUUUCUAUAGAUCUCUCAUUUUUUUAUUGAGAAAUUUAUGAAUAUCAUUUUACAGCUCGCGAUGUUUCGCAAUUUUUCGAUGAGGGAUGAGUAUCAGAUAGAGGAGGGUGCUAUCUGAAGUGCCUUCUUCUGAUGAUUAUCCUGCACUAUUGGCGCCAUUUUCUGUAUAUUAAAAGCGUCUUCCAAAUUUGUCAACAAUAGCUGGUUAUGAAGUGGAAUAAGCCGGGGUAUUGAGCCAGUCAGAAAUGGGGAAAUGUUUUGAAUGAAUGAUAAAACUUAUUAGCCUCGCACCGUAAUUUUUAGACAUUUCAAUUGGUCAAGAGACCUUAUUAUGUCUAUGUUUUCUGUUUUUCUUCUUGCUUUCAGGUCUCUCUUAUCGCGUUAUUUGGAAAUGAAGAUGUGAUGUCUAUUCGCUCUUUGCGAACACUCAGAGCUUUGCGACCCCUGAGAGCGAUCUCACGAUUUGAAAGAAUGAGAGUAAGUUUGUGAUGUCUGCAUGGCCUGUUGCCUAUUCUUGGUGUAUAAUUGAUAAAUUACUGUUUCAGUGAGGACAGUACAACAGAAAACUUUGGUAUAUCAUCGGAUUCAAUUAGAUAAAUUGGCCACUUAACAAGAUGUCACUGAAAACGUUUGUUUUGAGCACUAGACCUUUGGCGGAGUAAAUCACGGAAUUAUGGUUAGCAGUUUGGAGAAUCAAUACCAACACGAGAUGCCUUUUAAACUAUUCCGGAGUGCUUUUAAAAGGCAUACCAUUGAUAUAAUAUAUUCCGCUGUAGAUGGAGGGUAUCUUAAGAGAACUGCUAGUUGUUCGUUCAAACACACGCACAAUGAAAUCUGCUUUGAAUUCUAUCGUACGCGACGAUAACAAGAGCACUAAACUGCGCUUGCAAUAUUGCAUAUUCUCUCCCCGUAAUGUAUUUAAAGUUUAGGUAAGGUUUAUACGUUUUCGGUUUCCUGUCAUUUUAUAUCUUAGAAUUUGCAGAUUUGACAAGUCCCUGAACUCUGAAUUCAGAGUCCAGAGUCUUGUCAAACAUUUAGUUCAUCGGAUUACCGAUCAAGAUCCUGGAAUCUGCCGCUACUAUUGCGCUUAUCGAUCUCUAACUGUGGUCGCUGCACAACACUUAGACACAGCUAGUAUUCCGGUGCCUCCAAAUUCCUAUUGAAGGCAACUUCUAAUAGUCUCCCUAGGCUCCUGUGUAUUCGUUAACUUUGUUCCAGGGUACGACCAAUAAAACCCACUCUCAGACUGUCCUUAUGCUGUCUUUUAGGUGGUAAUAAGCUCGCUGUUUCAUGCAAUACCUGGUAUCGCCAAUGUUCUUCUGGUUUGCGUCGUGUUCUGGUUGAUAUUCAGCAUUAUGGGAGUCAAUCUUUUUGGCGGGAAAUUCUUCAAGUGCGUUGAUGAGCAUGGUGUUAAAUAUGACGCAGCUGUGGUACCCAACAAAACUGCAUGUCUUCAGAGAGGAGACCGCUGGAUAAGAUCCAACGUCAAUUUUGACAAUUCCUUUAAUGGGUUUUUGGCACUUCUUCAAGUGGUAUGUUCAUAUCCCCAACUUUCAUUUCAAAGUGUUCUACCUACAUUAAUCCUUGGUUUUUUUUCGGGUAUCUGUGUACUUAUACCGCCAAUGCAUGUCAUAUUUUAAAAUGUAGGCUACUUUCGAAGGAUGGAUGGAAGUUAUGGAGGACGCCAUUGAUGCUACAAAGGUAAAGCAGGAGGGUUUUUUGCGUUACCGGUUUGGGGGGCUUAUCCAUGGAGGGGCUUAUUUUCGGAAUUUUACGGUAUUUGAAUGUUUUCAAGGAAAUGUUAUCUGCUGUGCUUCUUAUGAUCAGUUAUAAGUGUCAAUAGGAGAUGUUGUUACAAGUUGUUGUUGUUGUUGUUGCUGCUGUCUUUUAUUUAUUCCUAUUUAAUCGCUCAGUGUUUGUAUUUGUUCUUAGGUGGACCAGCAACCGAUAAAGGAAAACAACUUGGCCGCCUAUAUGUACUUCAUUGUAUUCAUUAUUUCCGGAUCAUUUUUUGUGUUAAAUCUGUUCAUCGGCGUUAUCAUUGACAACUUCAACCACCUCAAACAACAGGUCAGAAGAUUAAAAACGAUUCACGGCUCUAUAGAACUAGUUAAUGAUGUACUUGAAAUUUAUCGUUUAUUGUUCCAAAGCCGUGAAGGAGCGAGUAAUGACGAUCGGCUUUUAACUCUUUCAAUCGUAAUCCGAGCGCGCAAGGUCAAAUAAAAUAAGGCAACACAGCUGCAAAAUGAAUCCAGCGUCUUGAAAGGAAAAGAAGAGUGUCAGUGGGGUUCUGUUCACGGAGCAGUCACACUACAGGGUUUCAUCCACAGACUCGAAAGUCAGAACCAAACUGCAAAUAGUACCUUGUGAAAGUACUACUGAAAAGCUUUCAGUUGAUGGUCACUCCAUAGGAUUUCGUUCACAGACUUAAAACUAAGUAUAAAGCAAAUAGUUCAAUGUGAUUGUACCGCUGAAGACUCAAACUUUUAUGUCUCCAUUGUCUGACACGGAUCAGUUUAAGAUUCUAGGGGACUACGUACUAACCUACCCUUUUUCUAAUUCAACGUGUAAACUCCAGGGCUAAAAGUAUAAGAGUAAGAUUAAGACGAAUUAAAUUUUCGCAAGGCUUCCUUUAAUAGAUUCACUGAGCUCAAUGUCAUUGAUGAAGUCAACCGAUGGGCAUUGUGUUUUGAAUUUUCCCACAGAUGGAAGUGUAUGGCUCUAUGCACAUUUUUCUCACCCCAAAACAGAGAAGUUGGAUGAACGCUCUGAAAAAUGCAGCAGCAAAAAAACCCAAAAAGAAGGUGGAAAGGCCAACGGUAAGAGUGUUAGUAGACAUGACCGCAAAAGGGAGUCAAAUGAGUUAAGCUCACAGAAAACUAGAAGGAAUUAAAAGCAGUUAUUUCAGUCCUGCAAAAAAAGUGAAUGUUGUUAAUGCAAGCGGGCUAAUCUUAGUCCACUUGGAAGGAGCAUGGAUAAUGCGUCUUAAAAUUCAUAGCCUGCGUGGGACUUUAUCGGGUUUAAAUCUUUCAUCCAACGAAUCCUUUUGUGGUCAAUGGUUGUAAUUUAGGCUGUUAAGCCGCGAGAAGUAUGGGGACGAGUUUUAAAAUUGGGAUUUUCCCUUGCAGCUUCUCCCCACCGCCCGCCCCGCGAUUCUCCCCACCUCGAGUGGGGAGAAUUGCGGGCGCAUCCAAAACCCCAAGUCUGGAGACAGCCUAUUGCAGCUUUGACGCUUGCAAAAAUCCUUUGCGGCUUCCCACUAGCGACAAGCGGCAAAUCAGCCGCAAAACGCUACCGGGGGGCACUCCUGGGAAUUCUUUGUGGGGUUGUACAGCCCGGUUCUCCAAAACAUGACCCUAUUUAGACCAAAAAAUGUCAUUUUCACACCCGUUUUCAGACCGGGCCUCUAAAAUUCAUUCCCGUUUUCAGACUUCGCUUCGAAACUCGUGAGGUCGACUUGUGGCAUAUUUCUCUUUCUUUCUUAUUCAUUUGGAAUUGAAACGAUAAAUACGUUCAUACACUCCCGCAGUUCUUUCGAAAACCACACCCGAUUCCAGACCAAAAUGAACAAAGUCUAUACCCGUUUUCAGACCUUUGGGGCGGCACAUACCUCAUGGCUUGUAUAAGGGAGUACCCCUCCCAGUAAAAAGCUUUUACCCUUCUAUGAUCCCAUCUGCUUCAGAGGACACAAAUCCUACAUCAAACUUGAAUUUGCAUCAUUUUUUCCAUUUUGAUAUCUUUCAGAAUCGUUACCAAGCGGUGGUAUUUGACUUGGUUGAAAAUCGCAAGUUUGAAAUGUUUAUAAUCUCCGUGAUUACAAUCAACAUGUUAGUGAUGAUGGCACAGCAUUAUGGGCAACCACCAGUGGUGGAUGUAGUGCUCGAUAUCCUUUUAUAAGUUGUCUAUUCAGAAAUAACCCGGAGGAGUCCGCUGGGAGAGGGAUUCCCCGAUACCGUAAACGUUCCCCGUAUAAGCCCCCCCCCCCCCCCCUCAGUUAAAAGUCCACUGCCGGGGUGAUAUGGUUGUGCGCAUACAUAAGGUACUGGCCAUACCACGGAGUUGGUACGUGUGCUUCUGUGCUUAAAUUGCUAAAGGCUUAUCUACCUCUAAACAAAAAGAACAAAUUCGGUCAUAAGCCCCACCCUAGCUUGUAUUAAAAUGAAUUCGAUUUUUUAAGACGUUUUGGAACUAAAAAAAGGGAGUAAAUUCAUAACGCAAUUUGAUCAACACUGCUAUGUAGCUCGUUUUGAAACGCUUUCUUUUAAGUCUGGUUAUAAGCCUCCCCCCCCCCGGAUAUAAGCCCCUCAGUAGUGUUUUAUGUUGAAUUUACUUUAUUUUCUCUAGGAUAUAAUAAUUGGUGAUGUCAUGGACGAAUAACUCGACCCUUACUCGACAUCAACAAGGAGUAAAUGCAACAUUUAACACUACUCCCCUCCGUUUAUAAGCCCUGCCAAAACCCCUUACCAAGCUGUAUAAGCCCAGGGCUUUUAAGCGGAAGCUUACGGUAUGUCGUUCAAAUAAACAGGUGCCGCAGGACAGUAUAUUUGCAGUCGCGAAUGAGGGGACAGCAUAUUCUGAAUGCCGUCUCGUUCCCAGUCCCCAGCUCUUUGUUAUCAAGAGUGAUAAACGCCUGGAGAAAGUAAUCACUAUUAGUAAAAUCCAACUAGUGGUCUAUUAUCAAUGGUGCGUUCUGAUUGGUUGAGCUACUAUUAGGCUAUAUGUUAUAGCCCACUAGUAGCGAAAAGCGCGGGCUUUUUGGCGGCAAAAAGGGAUUUAAGUCUAGGUUUAACUAGCUAAAAUUUUUUUAUUCUCGAUAUUUUUUACCAACUAGUUGGAUUUUACUAAAACAAUUAUUCCUUUCGCCCUCAUGGCCUCUGACUCAAUAGCCCAUUCGGGCUCGAGGAAUAAUUGUUAAAUACUUACAGUAGCAUAAGGCCUCAAUCAUUACAUCACCUGAAAUAAACUUUUAAUUGCAUACCAGAAUGGAGUAGUAUUACUGAAAAAAAAAGGCUCUUAGGUUCGUGUUUUAAACAGAAAGGGUUAUUUGUUAAUUUUUUUUACUUCCAACACUACGUUCUAUUUCUCCUUAACGAGAGACCGCUCUGUUCGUCCAUCACAAUACUUCAACAUCGUAUUUACCUGCAUAUUCAUCAUCGAGGCGAUAUUGAGGAUUUUCGCCCUGAGAUUAGGAUAUUUUAUGCAUUCUUGGAAUGUGUUUGACUUCGUUAUUGUAGUUUUGUCUAUAAUAGGUGAGUAAACACUUUGUAGAUAAUAUGUCGUCAUCAUGAUCUUCAAAUGAUAUUUGUGACAAAUAGACGUUAACUGGUCUUAACUGAGCUUUGCUAGGAUUCGUAGUGGUGCCUUCCUACAUAGCUUAAAUUGCCAAUAAGUACCCCAAAAUACAAGAACCUGUUUUGCCAGACCUGAAAAAAAAAUGCAGGUUUUCAGUAGCGGGUGUUUACUGUAUUGUUCUAUCAUACGGUACAUGAGGUAGUUGUCUAAACAAGUGCCAUAAGAUUCAGUGUCGUCAAAAUUCGUUUUCUGAACAACGCGGUUUGAAAACAAACACUUCAAAGUGUAGCAAUCCUUCAUGGCUGUUGCCGCACCACUGGGCAAGAAUUACGAACCAGCGAAAGGGACAAGCGGACAAGCGGGGAAGGAAGUAGUUUCUUUUCUACUUGCUCGCUGUGUUUAGUCUAUAGUCUUUCCUGACAACUUUCCCAGCUCUCAACUAUAACCGAAAAAGGCACUGAGAGCAGUCCAGGCAACUCUGUACAAAUCUCGUUCAGAGAUAGUAUAAUUCCUUUAUGCAUUCUGCAAUUUUUGUUUGAAAUUCUUUGCAAUAAUGUGUAUCUUUUGUUGUUUUGCAGGAAUCGUGAUAGAAAGCCUAAACAGAACAGGAAUUAUAAUCACGCCAAAUCUACUCCGCGUCGUUCGAGUUUUCCGCAUCGGCAGACUCUUGCGCUUCUUCCAGAAAGCUAAAGGAAUACAAAGACUGAUUUUCUCGCUUCUCAUUUCCUUGUCAGCGCUGUUUAAUGUUGGAGCCAUACUUUUUCUCAUUAUGUUUAUAUACGCUAUCAUAGGAAUGUCCUUCUUUGGGUACGUGAAGAAGACAGGCGCAUUGAACGAUGUCGUGAAUUUUGAAACGUUUUUGAACUCUAUGCUUCUGAUCUUCCGUUUAAUGACCGCCGCGGGAUGGAACGAUGUUUUAGAUCCCUUGAUGAUCGAGCCGCCUGAUUGUGAUCCAGAUUACAAGGAUUUGUCGAACGGAAAUUGUGGAAACUACUGGGCUGCGGUCAUCUAUUUUUACAGUUUUAUAAUAAUUAUUUUUCUAGUACUCAUCAACAUGUAUGUCGCGGUAAUUCUGGAAAAUUACAACAACGUGAUCGAGCAAGAAAAGGUUGGAAUAACAGAAGACGACAUCGAUUUGUUUUAUGAACACUGGAUUUUAUAUGACCCUGAUAGCACUCAAUAUAUAUAUUAUGGCGAUCUAUCAGACUUUCUCCACACGUUGGAGGGGAACCUGGGUAUUAAGAAACCAAACAAGGCCGCAUGCGCGCUGCUAAAUAUACCGCUGUACGAAGACGACAAGAUUUACUGUCUGCACUUGCUACAGGCCUUGGUGCGUAAGGUGGUCAGCGGCUACGAGGAGUUUGAUUCUGAUGAAUUCAAAGUGGUGUUAAAAAGGAUGGAAGAGAAAUUUCGAGCUGUGUUUCCCUCUGUAACACACUACCGUCAAACGAAUACCACACUGGUUAAGAUCCGCCAGAUCAGGGCAGCUCAAGUAAUCACGCGCGCCGUUAGAAGGUAUCGCGUAAGAAAACAAAGAGAGGCGCUGGGUUUGAGUCAAGGAAGUGGGGAAAAGUUAAGGGUAGUGGCAAAGGAAAACCACGCAUUUGACGGGAAGACCGCGAUUCGCAGGGGAAAAAUGGGGAGCCGCAUCGCCGACAUGUUGGUCCAUGGAAAUUAUACCCUCAGUGAUUCUUUACCUAAUUUGAACAGAACGGUUGAUAAUAAAGAAAAAAGAGGUUCACUGGGUCAAAUUAUGGGGAUCAGCCAUGGAAGUACAGAAACUAUAAGAACCUUAAAUCGUAGUCUGAAAGAACCAGGAAAACACGCAGUUAACAGUGGAAAGAGCAGAAGUCAUUUAGACGUUGUACAUGACAAGAGCUUGAGCGAUUCAGUUCCAAAUUUGUCUAAAAGAGGCCACGAAAAGGACAAACUAGCUCUCCAGGCUUGGAAAAGAGAAGCUAUUCCAAGGACACCAACUUUGAAUAGACCGCUAGUCCACGAUCGGCUAGCUGUCCUACGACAACAAAAACCAAGGUCUGCUCCCCUCAAGAAAAUUAAAAUCUUAGAACAACCUAAAAUCCAUCAGGCGGAUCCUUGACAAGCCAAACAGAAGUUAAAUUCUGUUUUGUUUAGGAAGAUGUAAUGAAUUUAAGACCUUUUUAAAAAAAGUUCUCUGGAAAUUA